AUGGACUUAGCGUCUGUGCAAGACCUGAAGGGCAUUCUGCGGCCCGACUUCUUUCAUGGAUACGCCACAGCAGCUGCCCAAAUCGAAGGCGCUUGGGAUAAGGACGGGAAAGGUCCGUCAAUCUGGGAUACCUUCGGGCAUACGCCAGGACGAAUCUCCGAUGGAAGUACCGCGGACGAUGCGACGAGAGCGUAUGAUUUCUACCGCGAAGAUGUCGCAUUGAUGAAGUCAUACGGUGUCAAUGCUUACCGAUUCUCGCUUGCCUGGUCACGGAUUAUCCCACUUGGCGGCCGCGAUGACCCUGUCAACGAACAAGGGAUCCAGUUCUACAACAACCUGAUCAAUGAGCUUCUGCAGAAUGGAAUUACACCCUUCAUCACUCUGUUCCAUUGGGAUACCCCACAAGCAUUAGAAGAUCGGUACGGCGGGAUGUUGAACCAGGACGCUUACACGGCGGACUUUGUGCGCUACGCACGGGUGUGUUUCGAACGAUUUGGAGACCGUGUCAAGCAUUGGAUUACCUACAAUGAGCCGGGUGUUUAUACGUUGGCCGGAUAUGCGGCGGGCGUUCACGCCCCAGGCCGCUCGUCGUUUCGAGACCGCAACGCCGAGGGCGACUCCUCUACCGAACCUUUUAUCGUCGCACAUACUGAAAUUGUCUCUCAUGGACAUGUCGCCCGCAUGUAUCGCGAAGAGUUCCAACCACAACAAAAAGGGACGAUUGGGAUUACACUGCACGGCAAUUGGUCUGAACCCUGGGAUGAGGAGGACCCACGAGAUCAAGAAGCUGCAGAAAGGGCGCGCGAGUUUGAGAUCAGCUGGUUUGCUGAUCCCAUAUACAAAACUGGUGAUUAUCCUGCUUCUAUGCGUGCACAACUGGGUGAUAGACUGCCCAAGUUCACGGCCGAGGAGUCGAAGCUUGUACUUGGAAGCUCUGAGUUCUACGGGAUGAACACUUAUACGACAUUCUUCAUUCAGCACAAGGAUACGCCGCCAGAUAUCAAUGAUCACAAGGGUAACGUGGAGAUCCAUGACGAAAACAAGCAAGGAGUUCCCCGUGGAGAAGAGAGCGAUACGGAGUGGCUGCGAGCUGCACCCUGGGGAUUCCGGAAGUUGCUAAACUGGAUCUGGAAGCGAUACCAGACGCCAAUCUAUAUGACUGAAAACGGGACUACGGCUAAGGGAGAAACUGCUCCAACGCCAGAGGUUCUCAACGACCAGUUUCGUAUCAAAUUUUUUGAAGGCUAUGUCGGCAACGCGUUGGCGCGAGCUGUGAAAGAAGACGGCAUUGAUAUCCGGUCUUACUUCGCUUGGACCUUUGCUGAUAAUUGGGAAUGGGCCGCCGGGUAUAAGGAUCGUUUCGGCUGCACAUUUGUUGACUUCGAGUCGGAAAAUAAAACUCGACAUCCCAAGCAGUCGGCCUAUUAUCUGGACAAGCUUUUUAAACACCUCAUUCAAGAGUCAUAG